UUAACCCCACCACUACCACCACUUCCACCACCACUACCACAACUACCACCACCACCACCACCACCACCGCCGCCGCCACUAUCAUCAACAGCAACAAAAACAACAGCAACAACAACAGUGGUAACGAGUUUCGUAAGAAAACAACUAACAAGAAGUGCAUAAUCGAUUAUAUCGGGAAAAUAAGUAAAGAGAUUAAAGGAAAAUUUCGUUGUAAGUUCGAGCAUUUGAUUGCCGAUAAAUUGUCGGCAGUAUUUUUAAAAGAAGUGCUUAAACGAGGUGCGUUAUUAUCCGUCCGAUUUAACGUAACGGCGUCGUAUAAUAAUUUAAUCAACGGGACGAGGUGUUCCGACGAAUCGACGCCGAGGAAUCACCGGUCCUGGAAUCAAAACAAUUGUCAACAACAACAACAACAACAGCAAAAGCAAAAGCAAAAGCAAAAGCAAAAGCAGAAGCAACAACAGCAUCAAUCGGAUCUAUAUUAUUAUUACUCUUCUUCUCCUGCAUUUUCGUGGGACGAACACACACGACACUUCAGGAACUGUUAGCACCGAUCAAAAGAAGGUGGCAGGAAGCUGUGCGUAGCCUAGACAAUGUCCGAAGAGUCUGACUCUAUAACAGAGGAAGAAAGAAGUUUGUUCCGUCCGUUCACGCGGGAGUCUUUGACAGCGAUCGAGGCUCGCAUCGCCGAGGAACAUGCAAAGCAGAAGGAACUCGAGAAAAAGAGAGCGGAAGGAGAGGGAGGUUUUGGACGGAAGAAAAAGAAAAAAGAAGUACGAUAUGACGACGAGGACGAGGACGAGGGUCCUCAACCGGAUCCGGCACUCGAACAGGGUGCACCGAUACCGGUUCGGUUGCACAACGUAUUUCCACCCGAGUUGGCAUCCACACCUCUCGAGGAUAUCGACACCUUCUAUCAAAAUCAAAGGACCUUCGUCGUCGUCAGCAAGGGAAAGGAUAUAUUUAGGUUCUCAGCUACAGACGCGAUGUGGAUUCUCGAUCCAUUCAACCCAAUACGACGCGUGGCUAUCUACAUACUGGUUCAUCCACUCUUCUCUUUGUUCAUCAUCACUACGAUAUUGGUUAACUGCAUACUCAUGAUCAUGCCAACCACGCCUACCAUCGAAUCCACCGAUUAUGUGACGAUGGGCAUAGAUCUAGGCAACCUUGCCGCUCUCAGGACAUUUCGAGUCCUCCGAGCCUUGAAGACUGUCGCUAUUGUACCAGGUCUGAAAACCAUUGUCGGCGCUGUGAUAGAAUCCGUGAAGAAUCUCCGCGAUGUGAUAAUCCUGACGAUGUUCUCCCUGUCCGUUUUUGCACUGAUGGGACUUCAAAUUUAUAUGGGGGUCUUAACACAAAAGUGUAUCAAAAAUUUCCCAAUGAACAGCUCAUGGGGUAAUCUCACCGACGAAAAUUGGGAGAGAUUUGCUAGCAAUGAAACUAAUUGGUACGUAGACGAGGCUGGAAAUAUGCCAUUGUGCGGGAAUUCGUCGGGAGCUGGGCAGUGCCUUCCUGGCUACACGUGCUUACAAGGAUACGGCGACAACCCAAACUAUGGUUACACGAGCUUCGACAGCUUCGGCUGGGCUCUACUUUCUGCGUUUCGUCUAAUGACCCAAGACUAUUGGGAAAAUCUUUAUCAACUGGUACUACGAUCGGCCGGACCGUGGCACAUGCUCUUCUUCAUUGUCAUCAUCUUCCUCGGUUCUUUCUAUCUCGUCAACUUGAUCCUCGCUAUCGUAGCGAUGUCAUACGACGAGUUGCAAAAGAAGGCGGAAGAGGAGGAGGCUGCCGAAGAGGAAGCAAUAAGGGAAGUGGAAAAAGCAUUGAUGGUGAAAGAAAAUAAAUUAGCGCAACAAGCAGCGGCAAGGGAAGCAGCAGCAGCAGCGGCAGCAGCUGCGGCUGAUCAAAUUGUCAAAUCACCUUCAGACUUCUCGUGUCAUAGUUAUGAACUGUUCGUUGGCCAAGAAAAGGGUAACGACGAUAACAACAAGGAGAAGAUCAGCAUAAGAUCUAUCGAAUCUGUUAGCGAACAUAGGAUCAAGCAGAUCAACAACAACCAUAAUGCUGCCAGUAAAGUGCGGAAAGUCAGUGCCGUCUCUCGCGCCGCUAAUGGCCAGUUUACUUAUGUCUACCAGGAAAGUCUCCGGAAGGCGAGCCUUAGCCUACCUGGUUCACCUUUCAACCUUCGAAGAAGUAGUCGUGGAAGUCAUCAAUUUACGAUACGCAAUGGUCGUGGUAGAUUCGUUGGUCCACCAGGUGGUGACAGAAAACCCCUCGUAUUAUCGACCUAUUUGGAUGCCCAAGAACAUUUGCCUUACGCUGACGAUUCUAAUGCAGUCACCCCAAUGUCUGAAGAAAAUGGCACGAUUGUUGUACCAGUUUAUUAUGCGAAUCUUGGCUCAAGGCAUUCAUCAUACACCUCACAUGCAUCAAGGUUAUCUUAUACUUCUCAUGGUGAUCUACUUGGUGGUAUUGCAAAUUCCAUUGGCAAACCAAUGACAAAGGAAAGUCGACUGAGAAGUAGAUCGGUUAGGCCACCAUCUGUUAAUGGUCAUCUUACUGAUUGUAAUCAAAAGUUUCACUGUGAAAGUGAUUUGGAAAGUGAUCCCAUGGGUAAAGCUAAACAACAAGAUAAUCCUUUCAUCGAACCAUCCCAACAACACGCCGUCGUAGAUAUGAAGGAUGUGAUGGUGCUGAACGAUAUUAUCGAGCAAGCAGCAGGACGUCAAAGCAGAACACCUGAGCAAGGAGUUUCGACCUAUUACUUUCCGACAGACGACGAUGAGGAAGGGCCCACGUUAAAGGAGAAAAUAUUGGCCGGGAUCAUACGUUGCAUCGAUAUCUUCUGCGUUUGGGAUUGCUGUAAUUUAUGGCUCGAGAUACAAAAGUACGUCGCCCUUCUGGUAUUCGAUCCAUUCGUAGAACUCUUCAUAACACUUUGCAUCGUCGUCAAUACACUUUUCAUGGCAUUGGAUCAUCACGAUAUGGACAAGGAUAUGGAAAGAGUUCUUAAAUCUGGUAACUAUUUCUUCACGGCUACAUUUGCAAUCGAAGCAACGUUCAAGUUGGUAGCUAUGAGCCCGAAGUAUUAUUUUCAAGAAGGUUGGAACAUAUUUGACUUCAUCAUCGUUGCCCUAUCUUUACUCGAGUUAGGUUUGGAAGGUGUACAAGGUCUUUCUGUAUUACGAUCCUUUCGAUUGCUGAGAGUGUUCAAACUGGCAAAAUCAUGGCCCACGUUAAAUCUAUUGAUAUCCAUCAUGGGUAGGACAGUUGGUGCCUUGGGUAACUUAACGUUCGUCUUGUGUAUCAUCAUAUUCAUCUUCGCCGUGAUGGGUAUGCAACUGUUUGGCAAAAAUUACACCGAUCACGUGGAUCGAUUCCCAGGUGGGGAUUUACCAAGAUGGAACUUUACCGAUUUCAUGCAUUCCUUCAUGAUUGUAUUUCGUGUACUUUGCGGAGAAUGGAUUGAAUCAAUGUGGGAUUGUAUGCUCGUUGGAGACGUUUCUUGUAUACCUUUCUUCCUCGCAACAGUCGUCAUCGGUAAUCUUGUUGUGCUGAAUCUCUUCUUGGCCCUGUUACUGAGCAAUUUCGGUUCAUCGAAUUUAUCGGCGCCGACUGCUGACAAUGACACCAACAAAAUAGCAGAAGCAAUAGAUCGUAUAGCACGUUUCGUUAAAUGGAUCAAGAGAAAUUUCCUAACUCUUGCUAAAUUGAUGCGAGCCAAAUUCACCAAUCAGAUAUCCGAUCAGGCGCCAGGUGAGGGACCGUCCAACAGUUGGAAAGAAGAUGGAAUUGAUCGAGAUGGGGACCUAGAUCUUGCAGAUAGCGAUUUGGAAGCAUACAGAGAUAAAAAGAGUGCGAAGGAAUUGAAUCAACUCGAGGUAGCCAUUGGUGAUGGAAUGGAAUUUACGAUUCAUGGAGAUCUGAAGAACAAAUUGAAAAAGAGCAAAUUGUGCAUGAACAACACCAAGGUCAUUGGAAAUUCGAUAAAUCAUCGGGAUUAUAGAUUGGACAAUGAUUAUAUUAAUCAAAAUGAAGAGGACACCUUUAGCAACAAAUCGUAUGGCAGUCAUAAAAAUCGGCCAUUCAAGGACGAAAGUCACAAAGGUAGCAUGGAUUCGUUAAACGGUGAAGAAAAGAAGGAUGCCAGUAAAGAAGAUCUCGAACAGGACGAAUACUUGGGAGAUGAAGGUGACGAGGGUGUCGGUAUAAUGGAAAGUGAAAUCAUACAAGCCGACAAGGAUCCAAUUAAUUCCGAUUAUCCGGCCGAUUGUUGUCCAGAAAAUUGUUAUAAAAAAUUCCCAUUUUUGGCUGGGGACGAUGAUGCACCAUUUUGGCAAGGUUGGACGAAUUUAAGAUUGAAAACUUUCCAACUGAUUGAGAACAAAUAUUUCGAGAGUGCGGUUAUCACGAUGAUCCUUUUGAGUAGUUUAGCUCUCGCUUUGGAGGAUGUUCAUUUGCAACAACGACCCAUCCUUCAAGAUAUCCUUUAUUACAUGGACAGAAUUUUCACGGUGAUUUUCUUCCUUGAGAUGUUGAUCAAAUGGUUGGCCCUUGGUUUCAAGAAAUAUUUCACGAAUGCCUGGUGCUGGCUCGAUUUCAUUAUCGUCAUGGUGUCGCUCAUUAACUUCGUAGCGUCGCUCUGUGGCGCUGGCGGGAUCCAAGCCUUCAAAACAAUGAGGACCCUAAGGGCCCUAAGGCCACUCAGGGCGAUGUCUAGAAUGCAGGGGAUGCGGGUAGUCGUCAACGCUUUGGUACAAGCUAUUCCAUCCAUCUUUAACGUCUUGCUGGUCUGCCUUAUUUUUUGGCUGAUAUUCGCCAUCAUGGGCGUGCAGCUGUUCGCCGGCAAGUAUUUCAAGUGCGUCGAUGCGAAUAAGACUACGCUUAGUUAUGAAAUCAUACCUGAUCGAAACGCAUGUGUAGCGGAAAAUUACACAUGGGAAAAUUCACCGAUGAAUUUCGAUCACGUUGGUAAAGCAUACCUGUGCCUCUUCCAAGUGGCUACCUUCAAAGGAUGGAUACAAAUCAUGAACGACGCUAUCGAUUCGCGAGAGGUCGACAAACAACCAAUACGCGAAACUAACAUCUACAUGUAUCUCUAUUUCGUAUUUUUCAUCAUAUUCGGAUCAUUUUUUACCCUUAACCUGUUCAUUGGUGUGAUCAUCGACAACUUUAACGAGCAAAAGAAGAAAGCCGGUGGAUCACUCGAAAUGUUCAUGACGGAGGAUCAAAAGAAAUAUUACAAUGCCAUGAAAAAAAUGGGUAGCAAGAAACCAUUGAAGGCCAUUCCUCGUCCAAUCUGGAGACCGCAAGCUAUAGUGUUCGAAAUAGUGACGGACAAAAUGUUCGAUAUGAUAAUCAUGUUGUUCAUCGGGCUUAACAUGCUUACGAUGACAUUGGACCAUUAUCAAAUGAGCGACACAUUCAGCAACGUUCUGGACUAUCUCAAUAUGAUAUUCAUUGUGAUAUUCACCAGCGAGUGUCUCCUGAAAGUUUUCGCCCUACGUUACCAUUAUUUCAAGGAGCCCUGGAACCUCUUUGAUUUAACUGUUGUUAUAUUAUCAAUAUUAGGUCUGGUGCUCAGCGAUAUAAUCGAGAAAUAUUUCGUAUCCCCGACCUUACUUCGAGUAGUGAGAGUGGCUAAGGUCGGUCGUGUGCUACGUCUUGUGAAGGGUGCAAAGGGCAUUCGUACUUUAUUAUUCGCUCUUGCGAUGUCCUUACCUGCUCUAUUCAACAUUUGCCUACUGCUGUUCCUCGUAAUGUUCAUCUUCGCUAUCUUUGGAAUGUCCUUUUUCAUGCACGUUAAGGACAAGAGUGGUCUCGACGAUGUAUAUAACUUUAAAACUUUUGGACAGUCGAUGAUACUGCUGUUCCAGAUGUCAACGUCCGCCGGUUGGGACGGCGUAUUGGACGGCAUAAUAAAUGAAGAGGAUUGUCAAGAACCGAACAACGAAAUCGGUUAUCCUGGCAAUUGCGGUUCAUCGACGAUCGGUAUAGCCUAUCUGCUGUCAUACUUGGUGAUCAGUUUCUUGAUCGUGAUAAACAUGUACAUCGCUGUUAUCUUGGAAAAUUAUUCUCAAGCAACUGAAGACGUGCAAGAAGGUUUGACUGACGAUGAUUACGAUAUGUAUUACGAGAUUUGGCAACAAUUCGAUCCGAAGGGUACACAAUAUAUAAGAUAUGAUCAGUUAUCGGACUUCUUAGACGUAUUGGAGCCCCCAUUGCAAAUACACAAGCCGAAUAAGUAUAAGAUCGUGUCGAUGGAUAUCCCGAUAUGUAAGGGUGACCUUAUGUUUUGCGUCGACAUCCUCGAUGCUCUUACAAAGGACUUUUUCGCGCGCAAGGGUAAUCCAAUUGAAGAAACUGGUGAUUUGGAGGUACAAACUCGUCCAGGUGAGGCCGGUUACGAACCGGUAUCGUCGACGUUAUGGCGUCAACGUGAGGAAUAUUGUGCCAGGUUGAUACAAAAUGCCUGGAGAAAGCACAAACAACAACGUCUCGGUGGUCCCAGCGAGGAAAGCGAUGAUCCCGAUACGGAUCCACGUGUUCGACAAACAGCGGUAUUAGUCGAAAGCGAUGGAUUCGUCACGAAAAAUGGACAUCGCGUUGUCAUUCACAGUCGAUCGCCUAGCGUAACCUCAAGGACGGCCGACGUCUGAUCAUUAUUGCCGUUUACAUCGCCGAAUUCCUUCGAUUUUAUCAAACGAGCUGAUCCUCGCUAAGCAAAAGCAAUUAAUUGCCGUCGUCAUUAUCGACGUCGUCGUCGUCGUCGUCGUCAUUCCUGCCAUCGUCAUUAAUCCUGCCAUCGUCAUCGCAAAUAAACAAACUACUACUACAACAACAACAAGAACAACAAAGAAGAAGAAGAACAACAAAAAAAUACAAGAGGAAGAGACAAAAUGUUUAUGCAACACACUGCUGUUCAACCCCCUCUUUGUCGUCAUUGUCGUCGUCGUCGUCGUCGUCGUCGUCGUUAAUCGAAAGCCUACGAUGAUCGAUCUCGCACUUUACCAUCCGCAAAAGACACUCCUAACAAAAAUACGAUUGUACAUUUAAACCAUUCCUCCUCCAACGAGUUGCCUUCAAUCGACCUUAAACAAACGAAGCGACGAAGAGAGGAAGAAGAAGAAGAAGAAGAAGAAGAUGAAGAAAACGAAGAAAACGAAGAAGAAGAAGAAGAAGAAGAAGAAGAAGAAGUGGGUGGCAAGACGAGUCGGACUUCGGGGCUCGCUUCCCCCGACAAAAAUCGUGGCAACCGAGGCCCGACAAAUCGAGCUACCAACCCCUUUUCUUCUUCUAUCCCAUUUUGUAUGUACAUAUAUACAUAUACAUAUAUAUAUAUAUAUACACAUACAUAUAUAUAUAUAUAUAAGUAAAUAUACAUUAAACGUGUGUGUGCGUGUGCGUACGUGCGUGUGUUAGUCACGUGAAUCGAGAACGAUGAUCGAUGGCAAAAUGGCGCGCGGCCCACCCACCAAUCCCCUAUUACGUGGCUCGAGU